AUGGCUGAAGGUAGCGAUCAAUCGGUUGCUGACAACGGUAUGUCGACUGCCAUUGAGAACGGAGUGAUUGAGAGCUCCUCUAAGAGCCAAAAGUUUUUAAUGUCGGCCGCACUGGUAGUCGACGCCAAAGAUGGACUUCUGUUGUUGACUUCUUCAAUGGAUUACAUUAAUGUCAAACUAUAUCUUCUGUAUCGCCACUGGUUUUGUCAGUAUUUGCUGUAUUUGACUAUAACUUUACACCACUUAUUGGUGUUGUUUGAGAGCACAUCCGAUCGCAAUUACCUUUGGAUUAAUAGUUUGGAGAUAAUAUGUCUUCUGAUAUACACGACUCGUUUGUGUCACUUAUUUGUGUUGACGCCUUCAUCGGUGUUUUGGUCGGACAAGAAGAAUGUGAUAGUCGUCGCCACAACUCUCAUCACUUUCUGUGAUAUAAUUGUCAGCUUUUCUGUCAACCAUUACAUCCGAUGGACACCAGUACUGAGGCCUCUCUUCAUUAUAAACUUCGCCGAAAACAAAGAGGAGAACCUUCAGAAAUAUCAGAAACACAUUACCCGAUGUCCUCAAUGUAUUGAUCCUAUUCUUCCUAUCAAUCCUCACGUUUUCAAUUAUUGGAUUAAAACUAUUUGAAAAGCAAUCGAUUGUGUCCAAUGAAUUUUCCGACAAUAAAUACUUCUCUGAUUUCUUCGAUGUUAUCUUUAAUUUAUAUGUUCUAGUGACCACUGCUAACAAUCCGGAUAUUAUG